GUGAAAGUAACAUUUGGUUAGUGCCUGCAAGGACAAGUUAAAACAUUACAGAUUGAUAAUGAUUUUAUAUCAUAGCUCAAUCUCCUGUAGCGGUGGAGCUCGUUCACUUGAUUUUUUUUUAAUAAGCUUAGUCCUAUUUGAGAUACAUGCUAUUGUCCGUAUUUGUGAUGGUGCAUUCAGGGUCACAUCAGCUGACCGUUUCCAGUGGUGUGGGUCGGUCGGAGAUCCUGGUGAUGGGUGUGACCAAAGGAAACAGACAUGUUGGGGCAUCACUCUCUGAUUGGACGCCUUUGUUCUUUCAAAUCGAGGUGUCCUUUACACCAACGGGCCUUCUUGAGGACAUGAGGACAUCUUUUACAGUAAUGCCACCUUCACUCCUGCAUGGCCUUUAGAUACUGGGAUAACGAAGUUAUGAUAGUCUAAGAAAAAAAAAAGAUGGCCUGUCAGAGACAUGAGAAAGCGCACAGGCUGAGGGAGGAGGUGAGCUGCAUGCUGGUUGGUGAUGGAGCUGUGGGGAAGACCAGCAUGAUCAUCAGUUAUGUCUUUAAUGGAUACAACAGCGAGUACAGGCAGACAGCAUUUGAUGUUUUCACUGGUUUGGUGCAUGUGAAUGGAUUUCCAACUCGUAUCAAGCUGAUUGACACUGCAGGACAGGAUGAAUUUGGCCAUCUCCGCUCUCUGUGCUAUGCCCAUGUGGACGUCUUCAUCCUCUGCUUCAGCCUGGUCAACCCUGUCUCCUUUGAUAACAUCACCUCCAAAUGGAUCCCACAGAUCAGAGCAGGAAACCAAGCCUCUCCAAUAAUUCUGGUAGGGACUCAGUCAGACCUUCGCCAUAAUGUGGAUGUCCUAAUUCACCUGGAUCAGUUUAUGGGAGCCAAACCAGUACGCUCCAGCAGGGCCAGGAGACUGGCACACAGAAUCCAAGCUCAGGACUAUGUGGAGUGUUCAGCCCUGACACAGCACAACCUCAAAGAUGUGUUUGACUCUGCUAUAUCUGUUGCUAUCAAAUACAAUCACACCGGUGGAGCAAAAUGUAAAAAGUUCAGCCCUCUGAAGCGCUUGAAGACUUUUUGUGAUUUUGGAUGGAGAAAAAUCUUCUACUUUAUCUAAUGGAAACAGACAGUGAAUUGAAUGUUCUCAGCUCUGUUGACAGCUUGUUUGAAGUUUUGAAGACUUUGAUUUUUCCCCAUUUAUUCCUCUGAAAACGUGGAUUGAGCACCGAAACAACAGUUUAAAGACACUGUAAACUUGCCACCAAAAAUGACAGGUCUUGUAACUUAUGUGACAAACAGGAGAUAAUGUACUUUGCUCUUAUCUUUCCAAUCAUUGAUUCAUGUUUUGUUUGUUGCUGUAUAUAAGUGUGUGUGUGUAUGUUUACAUUUCUGUGUUAUUUUCAAUAAAUGCACUACAGUAUGAUGCA